CACAAAAAGCCCGGGGAUACCUUUUUCUCUUUCUCUUUUUUUUUUUUUUUGUCAAAGAGGGAUUAAACUCGCCUUUUUUUUUCUGGAAAACGGGUAAAGAGGUAACGACGGACUUGUGCGUUGACACGACGGCGCCAACUGGGAGGCCAAAAUAAUGUCGGCGAUCACGUUUGUCCCUUUUAUUUAAUUACGUUAUCCCACCUCGACGUCGAAGCGGCUCGACGCGGACUGAUAAUGACGAGCAGGCCGAAGCUCCUCAAGCCACUUUUUUUUUUUUUUUUUUUUUUUUUUAAUGGCGUUGCCGGCCGUCGACCACCUGGACGAUUGCAAAAUGUUUUAAGCCCCGCAAACUUGAACGAAUUCGUUCCACUGAAGCGGUUCGCAUUCAUUUUAGGCGUCGAAAAGAACACUUGAAGGGUUAAAAGGUGUGUCAGUUUCGGCUGCUGUCUUAGCCGCGUUAGCUUCGUAACGGCUAACCGUUAAAAGUAUUCCCCCCCCCCCGUUCUUUUUGGUUUUUUUUGUACUUUGUCGCUUGUCGUUCCCCGCGUCACAUAAGGAACACCGUCAACGUCGCCCACGUAGAUUUUAAGGUCUUUUAAACACUUUUUGUUUUCUUUUUAAACACGACACAAACGUGUUCGUGUCAAUAUUGGAACGAGCCAACAAUCACAAACUUAACUUCAAUGGCCAAAGCGGUUCGCUUGGUUACGUUUAACCCGCCGAACGUCCGCAAACUUUUUAAGGAUUUGAUUCUUUCUGCGUCUUCAUCUUAACAUGAACGCCCCCCCCCCUCGACCCCUUCCCCGAGUUUGUGCUGUUUGUCUAACAUGUCCAAAUACUGUAUGUAUUGUAUGUAAAAUGUAUGCAAAGCAUCCCAGAAGUCAAAACACAAAAAUCAAUUUGUAAUUUAUUCACCCAGUUCCCAGUUGGCAAAUAGCUUGAAUGUGUUGGUAAAUCCAAUUCCCAGCCCCCCCCCCCCCCACAAAUCCCCUCCCGCCUCCAAAAGUGACCCCCAAGUGUUAGAGUGAGGACUUUUUCAUGGUUGUGCGUGCCAAAUAUGAAGAAGGCCUGUCACAGCCAGAGGAUGGCGAGCUGGAGGAGGGCGAGCUGGAGGACGACGGAGGCGAGUUGGAGACGGCAGGAGACGCGUCCGUCGAUGGAGGAGGCGCAGCGGGGGAAGGGACGGGCGGCGGCGCGGCAGGGGACGAGCGUCCCCCUCGGCCGAGCCGGGAGCGCCACGCCAGCAGCAACUCGGACGAGGAGCGCUCGCACCGCCGCAAGCGCAAGAGGAAGAAAGAGAGGGAACGUGAGCGCGAGAAGAGGCGCGCCAAGAAGAAGCGCAAGUCCAAGCACAAACGUCACGCCUCCUCCGAUGACGACUUUUCGGACUUCAGCGACGAUUCCGACUACUCUCCCGGCGAGAAGAGGAAGUACAGAGAGUACAGCCCCCAGUACCCGCCCCCCUCUCACGGCGGUUACAGCGGCCCGAAGAAGGGCGGCUACGUGAAGAUGGACAAGCAGGGCUACGGCGGCUACGACGACUACGAGGAGGACAACUACGAGGGCGAGGAGGAGCAGGACGUGCCUCCCGACGAGUACGACGACUUCACCAAGGAGCUCCACAUGUACCGCAAGGCCAAGGAGGGGGGGCGCGGAGGACGAGGGGGGCGCGGCCGCAUGAGGAACAUGAGGGGCCGGGGCGGAAUGAGGGGCGGACGACGAGGGGGACGGGGCGGCGGUCGAGGAAGGGGAGGACGAGGCGGAAAGAUGGGAGACGACGACGGAGAUGCUUACGGGGAAGACGUGGAGUAUGAAGACGACUACGACAACAUGGGGGAAGAUGACUACGAUGACUAUCAGUACAAGAAGUCCAAAGACAGAGGAAGAGGCCGAGGCGGGCGGGGGAGAGGGCGGGGCAAAGGAGGACGCGGGAUGAUCAGAGGCAAAAUGAGAAGCCGAGGACGAGGCCGAGGGGACUCGGGCCACGACGACGACAACAACAACGGCGACAUGGACAACGGGGAUGGCGGAGGGGAUGUUGGACCAGGAACUGGCAAGAGGAACCACAAUGAGAAGUACCAAGAUAAGAAAGGAAAAGCCAUCUGCAAAUAUUACAUCGAAGGCAGAUGCACUUGGGGGGACCACUGCAACUUCAGCCACGACAUUGAGUUGCCCAAGAAGAAGGAGCUCUGCAAGUUUUACAUCACCGGCUACUGCGCUCGAGCCGACCACUGCCCUUAUAUGCACGGCGAAUUCCCCUGCAAGCUGUUCCACACCACGGGCAACUGCGUCAACGGCGAUGAGUGCAUGUUUUCCCACGACAACCUCAACGACGACACCCAGGAGCUUCUUAACAAGAUGCUGGCUGAGGACGCAGAGGCCGGGGCAGAGGACGAGAAGGAGGUGGAGGAGCUGAAAAAGCAGGGGAUCAACCCUCUGCCCAAACCCCCGCCCGGAGUGGGCCUCCUCCCCACUCCUCCGCGCCCGGUGCCCGUCGAAGCCAACGUCGGGGCAGGGGAUUUCGGAGGCCCCGCGGCCGGCGACUUUGGCGGGGUCCCGCCCCCCGGCCAGCCGCCCGUCGCCGCCAAGGCUUCCCCCAGCGGGCCCGGGGCGGUCCCCUCGCCGAAUUCCUGCGGCGGGGGUCCUCCCGUACAAAAUCCAGACGGAGCUCCCUACGCCCAAGGGGCAGCCGCGAAUCCCGGCGGGGGCCCCCUGCCCGCUGGUGUUGGAGGGGGAGGCGGCAAGAAGAUCCCCUCCUUGUUUGAGAUCAAAGUGCAGCCCACCGGACAGCUGGCCCAUAAACUGGCGGUUAAAAGUCAGGGCCCCAGCAACAGUCAGGCAGCAACCGCAACACCCGGCGGGCCCGGGUCGUCCCCGACGGGCUUCGCCUCCGAGAACGCGGGCACGUUUGCGUCUGGCGAUUGCCCGCCACACCAGCCUCAGGGCGGAGGAAGCUACUUCAACACCUUCUUCAAUCAAGAUGGAACCAAGAUGGAAGGGCUGGUGGAAGAGGGUGACAACUACCAAGGAGGUGGCGGCCAGGAAGACGCGACCAACGGAGCCGGUCAGGGGGGAUUAUCCGUUUCGGACCUGCUCCCUCCAGCGCAGCGCGUCCUUUUCAUGAGGAUCCAACAGAAGCAACAGGAGGAGGAGGAGCGAGCCCGCCGCUUGGACGGCGGCGCGGAGAAGAGGAGCAGAGAAGCUGAAGGUGACUCCGGCAACUGGUACUCCAGCGAGGACGAGGACGAUGGCGGCAGCGUGACGUCCAUCCUGAAGACGCUGCGCCAACAGACGCAGGCUCCUCCCAAGUCCGAGGCGCCCAGCGACCCCCGUCUCCAGAAGGCCGCGAACCCUCCGGCUCGGCCGGCGGACCCGCGUCUGGCCCGCGACCCGCGCCUGGCCCGCGCCGUCGAAGCCGACCUGGCGCCGCCCGCGUCUUCGUCGGGUCCGCCGGCAGACCCGCGGUUAGCCCGGCUGGCCGCCGCGUCGGCCGGCCUCCAGCUCGCCGCCCCCAAAGCGGAGCCCCCUCUGAUCUAUAAACCCCCGCCCCUGACGGCGCCGGCGGCGGAGGAAGAGGAGACGGAGCGAGUCCUGCGAGACAAACCGGUGCCGAUCCCCCUGGACCCCCUGAUGGGCAUGGCCCUGAGGGACCCCCGCUCCCAGCUGCAGCAGUUCAGCCACAUCAAGAAGGACGUCGUCCUCCACAUGCCCGCUUUCGCCAAAACCAUAACCUGGUCUCCCGAGGACCUUCUCCCGUUGCCCCUCCCCAAACAGGACCUGCUCCCUCUCCCGCCAGGUAUUCCUCUGGUCCCGUCCCUCGACCCACGUCUGUCCCGCGCGGCCCAGCCACACUCGCAGUCUCCUCCCGCGGCGGCGGCCCCCUCCUCGGACCCCCCGGCUUCCUCGUCGUCCUCCUCGCUCCCGGACUUUGAGCUGCUGUCUCGCAUCCUGAAGACGGUGAGCUCCAGCCCUUCCCAAUCGUCGUCCCCUCCCGUGGCGCCCGCUCCCGCCCCCCCUUCGGUCCCGCUGAGUCAGCCUCACUCCCUCCCACCCGCCCCCUCGGAAAAACCCGUCGACCCGCGGACGGCGCGCAAGGGCCCCACGGACCCCCGCCUCCAGCAGAAGUCGGCGCUCAAGCCGCCGUCCGAACCUCCGCCGCCCCCGGCCGAGUCCUCUUCCUCGGCGGCGUCCACGUCUGGCUCCCCGCCAUCCACCAUUGCCCCCUACGAUCCGAGGCUUCUCUCCUCGGGCGGGGCCGGACGCGGCGCGGCGCCCGGCGCGCCAGGGGGCGCAAAUGUACUGAGCGGCAUCAGUCUCUAUGACCCCCGGACUAACAAACCAGGAAGCCCCGGUACCGCCGGCGGCCCAAACAACUCCCCCAACUCGGAAUCCCGACUCGGCGAGCCCUCGGCGAGCAAACCCAAAUCCAAGGAGCCCUUGUUUGUCCGUAAAUCUGCGCUGGACCAACCGGAGCCGGAGAAGAGCGGGGAGCAAGGCACGGACCGCUACAACAGCUACAACAGACCGCGACCCAAACCCGCGCCCUCGCCAAACUCUGCCGCUCAGGGGGGGCCUCCCGCCGUUCCGGGAGCGCCGGCGGAACAGGCGCCGGCCGGAGUCCACAACCUGCCCGUGUCCACCCUCUUCGGAGUGGUAAAGCAGGCCGCCAAGUCCGGCGGGACCGGCAGUCCUUUCGGCGGGAACAGUCCGGCCCAGGUGGAGCAGCCCGCCGCCGAGCAGGACAACGGGUCGCUCAAGGACGUUUUCAAGGGCUUCGAUCCCACCGCCUCGCCGUUCUGCCAGUGACGGCAGACUUUUUGGGACGUGGGAGAGUUCAAUCCUCAUUUUAAGCCGAGGACGUCUUCUCCGACAUUUUUACCAUUCACUCGUUACCUCCGAUGCGUUGCAUACCGAUUGGAAGAUUCAUUUUCACCAUUUGUGUUAUGAUUAGCGCAGCAGCACCACUGCCCGUUUAUUUAUUUUUCUACUUCCAUGCACUGUCCCGCCAGGGAGGGUCCACUUUUGAAUGUCUGUCAACCUUAGCGGUUUUCAUUCUUCUUGUUACAACUGCAGCACUGCUGAGAAAGAGAAAUCCAUCAUUUCCGGCCGGCGUGUCCGCCUUUUGCGUCUGUUGGCGUUCUCGAUGGCGGCGUGACAAUCAAUCACAAACUUUUUACCGCUGCUCGUCAUUUGAUGAAUUUCUCUCUGUAGACAGGAACUUUGAGACCAUCUCCAUCAGACAGGACCCGUUUUUUGUAAAAAAAAAAAAAAAAAUUUCUUUUAAUUUAUUUUUAUACCUAAAAUUUACUUCUAUAUAAUCACCAUUUGUUGUUUGAUCACAAUGUAUUUUUUUUUUUAGGAGUUUGUCAUUCAAUGCACAUUUUUUUCCCCCUUUCGGGCUUUGUAAAUCUGCUUUUGUUUUUUUUUUCCUUGAUUUUGUAUCCAUUUGAGCCGCAUCUUGUCGAUUAUUAUGGAGGAGUGGACUUUUCCAAGUGUACACUAUCGGUGAGUGUUUGAAUAAAGACACCAACCAGAUCCAAAGCA